AUGACUUCUUGCCCCUAUUACGUGAAUUUCGCGUUUGUCGACUUGUUGAGUUAUAGCUCGAAGGAACAGUCAGCGUUGAUGACUGUGCCAGCCGUGUCUCCCAGUUCUGUUCGAUCACCUGGUGCUGGUGGAGCUGCUGGUCCGACUGCAACACUUCUGGCCACCUCUGAAACGGCAAGAGACGCAUACGAAUGCUUAGAUAUUGCAUGUCUUUGCGGAUUUUUCGGAGGUAGUGGUGGCGCAAACUGCGUAUUGCCAAAUGGACAACGUCUUACAAGAGGCCUUCGAAAGGAGUAUCGGGUAUUGACAGAUGCUGAACGACAGCGGUACCACACUGCUAUGAGGACGAUCAUAACCAAUGGUGACUAUGACGUCUUGUCUCGGAUCCAUUCUUCCUUCCAAUCAUCACCUGGAGCACAUUCUGGACCAGCUUUCUUGCCAUGGCAUCGCGAGUUUCUAAAGAGGCGUGCUCUACCAUAUGGGGACUCACCUAGAACUGCAACGAUCCCGGAAAUUUUUUCCCCAGCCGAAUCUUCUCUGUUCACAAAUGAACUCAUGGGGAGGACAGGUCCUGAUGGAUUGAUUCAAACAGGGGCAUUUCGCGGAUGGUUGACUAUCGACCAAUCCCGAGUGUUCCGACGUAAUGUUGGUAAUACUGGUAGACCAUUCAUAGAAGCGGAUAUAAGUGCUGUACAGGCUACAAACAAUUAUCAACAAGUACUGGCAUAUACUGCUCCAAGUCAAGGCUGCCCAACCCCGGCUGCAUGGACGGCACUUGAGUAUUCCCACGGCAAUCCACAUGUGUUCAUAGGAGGUAAUCAGAGAUAUGUCCUCGACCACAUCCCUCGAACGAUCCCCAUUUUUCUGGAAUCAUCACUCGUUCAUCGCGCUGAAUUAUCGCGUGGCGCUCGCGAAACUCAGUAUCCACCGAACAACGCGGCAUGUUCUAGUGCAGCACAUUUCGGCACGAACACUAUGCAACCAUUCUUUCCUAUGACCAAUAUUGAUGGACUGUCCAAUCAAUACACCGCGGUGCGAAUUUGGUGCAUGCAGAGGAGCUAUAACCUCUACACCUACCAAGCUCGUCCAACAUGUUCAGGUGGAAAUCCACAGGGAUGUGGAUCGCGAUUCCUCUUCUGUGACUUCUCGCACGGUGCCGCACGCUGCGCGGCAAAGAUUGCAGUCGGAGGCAACUGUGGAGGAUAUUUUAACACAACCACCUACAACCCAGCCCCCCAUCAUGACGACCACGCCAGCUGGACCAAGGCAAGAGACCUGCUCAACGAGCAACAGUGUUGUGGCCCAUGGGCCAAUAACGGAGAAUGUCGGAACAACCCAUCAUACAUGAACCUAUGGUGCAGAGCAAGUUGCGGCAUCUGCCGACCGACUACCUACAAUCUCAAUGUCGAAUGUAACAACCGACAUCCGAUGUGCGCCACAUGGGCAGCUCGUGGUGAAUGCACCAGUAACCCGUCAUGGAUGAUCGAAAACUGUCGCCAGGCAUGCAAUCGAUGUGGCCAGACCAGGCAACAAGUGUGCUACGGUGGCGGCGGUUCCACCAGCCAACGUAGACCAGAUAUGUCAACACUGAUGUCCAGCAUUUCAGAUACACCCUCACAACCAACAACUCAAGCUCCAUCA